CAACUGUCGGUCAUUCUCCCAGCCGUCUCUUCGCAGUCAUAUCUUCCCCAUCAGCGACUCAGCGACCUUGUGCAUUGCGUCAGUAGGUGUUUGAGCCGACUAUCACUAACCCGCCAUCUGGAGCCGAGACGAAGGAAGCGAAGAAUCUAGAGGGGCUCGAAAAAAAAUCAUUACCCCGCGGAAGAGUCACCAACCCCAAAUAUGGCAUCCAACGGCGAUAAGUACGGCAACGACAUCGAGUCGGACACCGACUCCGGUAACGAGUCUCAGGUUGAUGCCCACGACUCGGACAAUGAGGUCGCUGAGCGGCCCGUCAAGCCCGCUUUGAAGAAGACCGCGCCGCCUGCGCCCACUGUCCAGCGGCCACCACUGCCGCCCCAGACAGACCCGAAGGACCUCGAUAUCAAGGCCCUGAAUCCUCUGACGCCUGAGAUUAUUGCGCGGCAAGCAACCAUCAAUAUUGGCACCAUCGGCCACGUCGCUCACGGAAAGUCGACCGUAGUGAAGGCCAUCUCAGGUGUGCAGACUGUUCGUUUCAAGAACGAGCUGAUUCGCAACAUCACCAUCAAACUCGGUUACGCCAACGCCAAGAUCUACAAGUGCGAUAACCCAGAGUGCCCGCGGCCAACAUGCUACCGCAGCUACAAGAGCGAGAAGGAGGUCGACCCUCCUUGCGAACGGGAGGGCUGCUCCGGAACAUACAGGCUGCUGCGUCACGUCUCGUUCGUGGACUGCCCAGGCCACGAUAUUCUGAUGAGCACCAUGUUGUCGGGCGCUGCAGUCAUGGACGCUGCCUUGCUGCUUAUUGCCGGAAACGAGUCCUGCCCCCAACCACAGACGUCCGAGCACUUGGCUGCCAUCGAAAUCAUGAAACUCGACAAGAUCAUCAUUCUCCAAAACAAGGUCGAUCUCAUGCGGGAAGAGGCGGCAAAGCAGCACUACGAAUCAAUUCUCAAGUUCAUUAGGGGUACUGUCGCCGGCAAGUCGCCCAUUAUCCCCAUCUCGGCUCAGCUCAAGUUCAAUAUCGACGCCAUCAAUGACGCCAUUGUCAACACCAUCCCCAUCCCUCCCAGGGAUUUCUCGAUGGACCCGCACAUGAUUGUCAUCCGGUCUUUUGACGUUAACAAGCCUGGUGCCGAGAUCGACGAGCUCAAGGGUGGUGUCGCGGGUGGCAGUAUCUUGCACGGUCUGCUGAAGCUCGGCGAUGAAAUCGAGAUUCGCCCCGGUAUCGUGUCGCGCGACGACAAGGGCAACCUCAAGUGCACCCCCAUCUUCAGCCGGAUCGUCUCGCUCAACUCGGAGGCCAACGACCUCAAGUACGCUGUCCCUGGUGGUCUCAUCGGUGUUGGUACCCGCAUCGACCCGACCCUCUGCCGGGCCGAUCGUCUGGUCGGGUUCGUUUUGGGCCUCAAGGGCCGUCUUCCGGAGAUCUACAGUGAGAUCGAGGUCAACUUCUACCUGCUCCGCCGUCUGCUCGGUGUCCGCACGGCGGACGGUAAGCAGGCCAAGGUUGACAAGCUGGCCAAGAACGAGGUCAUCAUGGUCAACAUCGGCUCAACCUCGACCGGUGCCAAGGUGGUGGCCAUCAAGAAGGAUGCCGCCAAGCUCCAGCUCACAAGCCCUGCAUGCACAAACAUCGGCGAGAAGGUCGCCCUCAGCAGACGUAUCGAGAAGCACUGGCGUCUCAUCGGCUGGGCUACUAUCGCGGCCGGUGUCACGCUGGAGCCUAGCAGCUCCUAAACGCAUUCCUUUUCCACGACUGCAACGAGGGGACAUGAUCUACGACGGCCGUAGGGGUUGGUUUGGGAGUCGUCGGCCUGCCGGGUCUGUGUUAUGUGCAAAGAAAGGUUUGGCUGGGCUGCAUGGCGCGCGAAUUCAUACCAAGGAUGUGGAGGGCAUGAACAUGGUCUAUAGCUCGUCGUCUCACGCAAUAAUGGAUGGGUAGACGAAAAGUAGCGGAAAAGUUGGGUUGUUAGACAUUGAGUGGUAUUCAGUCACACAGCGUUCCCGGAC